AUGAGUGAUAAUUUGAAGGAAAAAGUGAACGCUAUAGGAGAGCGUCUCAAGCUCAACGGAGCUGAAAUGGGUCGAAAAGUUAGUGCUGGAAUGAGUACCAUGAGUUUCAAGAUGAAAGAGUUUUUUCAAGAACCAAACCAAGCUGAUAAACUUGUUUCUGAUGCUACUUCUGAGUCACUUGAUGAGCCUAACUGGGACAUCAUUCUACAUGUUUGUGAUUUGAUCAAUGCUGAAAAGCUUCAGACUUGUGAAGCUGUGCGUGCGAUCAAGAAAAGGGUGAUGGUGAAAAGUCCUAGAGGACAGUAUUUGGCUUUGGUUUUACUUGAAGCGUUGGUGAAGAAUUGUGAUAAGGGUUUCUUUGAGGUUGCGACGGAGAGAGUGCUUGAUGAAAUGGUUAAGAUUGUUGAGGAUUCUGAUCAGAGUUUUGGUAGUAGUAAGGAUAAGGCUUUGAGGAUGAUUCAGUGUUGGGGUGAAUCAACUACUGAGCUUCGGUAUUUGCCUGUUUAUGAAGAAACUUACAAGAGUUUGAAAGCAAGAGGUAUUCGGUUUCCUGGUUGUGACAAUGAAAGAUUGGAUCAUGUUUUUGCUCCUUCUGGUUCUGGUUCUGCCUCUGCACCUGAGGCUGUUCGCAGUCUUGAACAUCUUAUACAGCAUGAAAAUCAUGUCACAGAUUACACUUCUCAACAAACAAAAGAAGCUUUCGAUGUUGCAAGAAAUAUCACUGACCUUCUAUCUUCUGUGUUAUCUUCUUCACCGCAACAAAAUGUUCUCAAGCUUGAUUUAACCAUCACAUUAGUACAACAGUGCCGUGAGUCUCAAUCCACUGUCCACAGAAUCAUUGAGACUGUUGGGAACAAUGAAUCACUACUCUUUGAAGCCUUGCAAGUAAAUGAUGAGAUUCAUAAGGUUCUGUCCAAAUAUGAAGAGUUGAAGAAGAAGCCGCCGCCUAAAGUUUCUCCACUUAAACCAGAACCAGAUAUGAUGAUACACGUUGCUAUUGAGCCAGAUGAGUCGCCACAUUUUAGAGAAGAUGCCUUGAUUAGAAAGCGAGCUAGUUCAAAGCCUGGAGUCCAAGGAUUGAGCCAUGAUGACAUGAUGGAUGAUCUGGAUGAAAUGAUUUUUGGCAAAAAAGGUGGUGAUGCAUCACAAUGGGGACAAGAUCCUAAGAACCAACGAUCAUCAAAAUAUGAAUCCAUUUCCUUAUAA